UGACAGUUGACGGUUUAAGACCCUGCUAGAAUUUGCCAAAUCUUUAUACAGUUUUAGCACUCACGCCUUCCCCAGUGUCUCUACGUGCUCUCACAGGAUCAAGCCUCAGAAUUCACAAAAAGAACACUGGAGAAAAGCAAGGUGUGUGAAGCAUUCCCAGACGCUUCAACCAACUCAGCAUCAACUGCUUCUCUCUGACUGGGUCCUGAUUAAGGUCCUGCCAAGAAAGACUUCAUUGGAUCCACGCUCAAGAGGACUCUGCUAGGUUUUCCUGACCCCCUACAUUGCUGUAAAGUGCCAAGGCCUUAAGACUUGGUCACUGUAUAAAUGCCUUGUUUCCUGGGUCCACGGGAAGCAUGAGUCUGUUGGGACUUGGGAUAAGAAGAAAACAAGACAUCUUCCCAAGAAAAACCAGACACUAACAAAAAGUAUCCCAAAGUCUGAAGAGCUAGAACACAAACAUGGCCGACAGAGGAUUUAGGGAUCCUGCAGAGGCCUCUCAAAAGGAUUUGGAAAAUGACCCAUCAAUAAGUUCUCAGGCACUGGAGACCUCAGUCCCAGCAAGUACCACUGAGGAAGCUGAGACCCCAGACCCCGCCUCUGGUCCUAACGAAGUCCACCAAGAGGUAGAAACAAUAGUUCCAGGAAGUGCAGACACAGAUGGCCAAUCAGAAAGUCCAGAUGGGACCGAUUAUGGGAACUAUCCAAAGGACAAAACAGAACAUGAGAACAACCAGAGUUUUCGCGAAGAGCAGAACCCACCAGAACCCACCUGUUCUCCAAGUGGCAGUGUGGGAAGAGAAGAUGCACUCUUAAGGAGCGGCUCUGCAGCCCUGCCUGAGGAGGUGAGCAGCGGACCUGGAGUUUCACCCGAGCCACCUGCCACAGACUCUCAGGCUGCCCAGAGCCCUGAGCGUUCCCCCGCAGUGCUGGAGAGCCAGGCUACCGUGAGGAGGCGACUGCUGGCACCAGAGGCUGAAAGUCAUCAGCAAGAAACACAAGAGUUGGAAGAAAACAAAGAGAAUGCACUUGAUACCGUAAGAAAGAUGAGUGAAAAGAAUCAAAGACCUUAUGGCUCCAUCAUUUUUGGCAUCCUGGUUAUGGUUUUUUUGCUAAGUUGUGUUAAUAGCUAUUUCUCUCCAGCCCAGCAAGUGUCCAAAAGUCCAGCUUUGGAGGCCUUUUUGGCUCAGUUCAGCCAAUUGAAGGAUAAAUUCCCAGGCCAGAGUUCCUUCUUGUGGCAGAGAGGACGUAAAUUUCUCCAGAGGCACCUCAAUGCUUCAAACCCUACUGAGCCGGCCACCAUCAUAUUUACAGCAGCUCAAGAGGGAAGAGAGACCCUGAAGUGCCUGAGUCACCUCGUUGCGGAUGCCUACACCUCCUCCCAGAAAGUCUCUGCCAUUCAGAUUGAUGGGGCUGGAAGAACCUUGGAGGACAGUGACACCGUCAAGCACUUGGUUGACAUGGAGCUGAGCUCGGGAUUUGAGAAUGGCCAGAAGGCUGCUGUGGUACAUCACUUUGAAUCCCUUCCUGCGGGCUCUACCUUGAUCUUCUACAAGUAUUGUGACCACGAGAAUGCCGCCUUCAAAGAUGUGGCCCUGGUCCUGACUGUUCUCCUGGAGGAGGAGACAUUAGAAGCAAGUGUUGGCCCAAGGGAAACUGAGGAAAAAGUGAGAGAUUUACUCUGGGCCAGGUUUACCAACUCUGACACUCCCCGCUCCUUCAACCACAUGGACUCGGACAAACUGAGUGGGCUCUGGAGCCGCAUUUCACACCUGGUGCUGCCCGUCCAGCCUGUGAGGAACAUAGAAGAACAGGGGUGCCUUUUAUAAGCUAAGCACAGAGCUGGUUUCUGAAGGCCUGGAUUUAUUAAAAAAUCAGUUUAAAAACCUGUUUCUGUGGAAGGAGGUUGAUGAAAAGCCUGGAAAGCACAAAUGAGCUUAUUUUAGAAAAGAAUUUUCAUUUUUUUAACUUUUGUACUAUCUUCUAAGUUUGACAAAACUCGGGCCUUUCAAGCAAAUCAGGUUUAAAAUAUGCAUAGAACAUAAUAACUGAAGCUUUUUUUUUUAAUCCAAAAAUAUAGCCACAGAAUCAUUGCAUGAGAAGAUAAAAUCUUCUCAGAAUGACUACAGAGUGAUUUUUGUUUUCUUGAUAAGGAGCCUUUUGGCUAGUGUUUGGACUUGGACUAGAACAAUUACAGUUAUGAAGCAAUAGUAAUUUAAAACAUGUUUUUUCUAUCACAUAUUAAAUAUUUUUAAAACUGAUUUUAAUAACUUAGUCAUAGGAUUACAUCUUAUACUAAUUUGCAUUUUUAAUAGUUUGAAAAGAAAUAUGAAUUAAAAUACUUAGCUAUAUGUAAGGCACUGUGCUUUUAUUCCAUUAAUGGGCUGAGGUAAAAGCCACUGUCCUCAAGAAAUGUUCUUAAAAAUUGGAAACAAGGGGGAAAUUGUUUAUAAUCAUUGGAAAUGAAGAAAUUCCAACAGCCUAUAUCUUUUCUUCAGCUUUCUUGAAUGUUUUAGAGCAGGGGUUUCUAAGCUGUGUCUACUGACGAGCCCCUCCUUUUUAUCAGAGCAGUUCUGCUUUUGACUGCUUUAUGUAGUGGGAGUCUCCAUAAGAUUUCAUUGGAAGAAAGAGUUCCACUGAUAAUGAAAUUUGAAAAUCGCUGAUUAAGUGAAAAAAAUCUUAGAAGAUAGGAAAAUGGGUAGGAAAAUAACGUAUUAAAGCUUAUGAGUUGGAAGAAGAUGAAAUACAGGUUUAUUGUACAGACAUGCUAUUUAUGAAAGAUAAAGAGCUACAGAUAAAAAGAAGAAUGUAUAAGCGAGUAUUUGCUAAGCAUAUUUCUGAUGCUCUUGUUAAUUUCUCUUAGUCAUCAUUUCUGUCUCCCCUGAAUGGAAUUUUAUAGUUAUCUAGGAUGAGAGUUUGAGUGCCAUUUAAGCAGAACAGAGUUUAAUAACUAAUUGAAUAGUGGGUUUUAUGUGGGUGUAGUCUCAUAACUGCACUAUGCUGUUCACUUGUUACACAGUGGUGGCACAUUACAUAAUGCAGCUCAUUUCUCGACUAGAUGGUUAGAAAUACCAUUAGGUUAACAAUUAAAGAAAUGUAAGAGAUCUUAUACUUUGCAAAAGGAAGCAGACGUGGUAAAUGGAUUCUAAGAGGUUUUAAUGACCAAUAUUAGUUGUUGAGCCAUGUUCUGUGGUUAUAAGAAAGAUUGAGAACAGUGUUUAUGGAGACAGUAGUUGUUGAUUUGCAUUGCAGCUCUGAAGGCAGAACGCUACUAAAAUUAUCUUGACCUAAUGAAGGGUCUGUUCCAUGACAUGGCAUACCUGGGAACCAUCACCAUGAUGCUGGAAUAUUGCAACAAGGUUUUGGCCUCUCUGCUGUGGUGGGAGCAGAAUAUGUAUGUAUAUAUAUCUUCCUAGUGUUUCUAAAACCCUUCCAUCCUUAAAUCAUGUGACUUCUUUCAUGCUUUAAGCAUUUUGAUGAUUAAAGCAUGAAGCAAGUCACAUGAUUAAAACAUGGAAGGAUUUUUGGAAACACUAGGAAGAUACAGGGAUCUUUAUCGAUCCCUAAAGGAUUACAGAGACAUGGGAGAAGAGAAUCUAUUGGAAAAUAUCUGUCACAGGAAAAACAUAUACAUCUGUUCUAACCAGGGCCUUAAGCAGUGUUCAGUUGAGUGUAGGGACAUACCUGAAAGAACUAGUUACAUUUGCAACUUUGUGAAGGAAUCUCUCAAAUAGAUUUGAGGAAAGACCUUCCUGAACAAAAAGACAAAGCAUAGUGACUAUCAUAUCAGUAUCAAUCCAAUCUAAAAUCAGAGAAAAUUGAAGAAAAAUUUAUAUACCAUAAUUGAAUUUUUUUGCUGUAUUUGUAGAUCUCAGGUGCCAGCUAGCGUUCUGUCACACAAAACCAAUGGUGCCUUGUGGAAUUGUUCUGUUGGCCAGCUGACCUGUGCUACCUCAGAUCUGUGAAGAACCAGUAUGAAAUGUGCAUAUCUAUCUCAUCUACCAGUGAUUUGGAUCACCGACGAAACAAAAAUUUUUGUUUCUUGGUUCAGUUGAAUAUGGUUUUUCAUCAUUUUCUUCCAAUAUAAUUUAGAAAAAGAUUUUAAAGUGGCAUUUUUUAAUGUUUAGCCUUUGUUAAAAAAAAAAACACUUUUCUUUCCAUGUGUAAGUGCAAUCAACUGAAAUUAUUGUCAGUUUUCUAUCCACUAUUUCAAAACUUAAAAAGAAGCAGUAUAUUAGCUUUGGGUCUAUUCAUGAAUAAAAUGAUUAUUUUUAAAGCAUAAAACUUUAUAUUUUUUAAAUGUAAAAUAAUUAAAAUUUAUUAUCUAAUGUCCUCUUAAGUUAAUUUUUAUUCAGUUGUUUUGUUUUUUCAAGUUUCCAGGUUUUCUUUUGUGUAUCUGGUAGUUCAUCUUUCAUUACUUUCGCAGUUUGUUUUUUUGACUUAGAACAGGGACUUGUGGGCAUAUGAUACCAUACAUGACACUGUACAUCACUUUAAUUCUUAUCACAGAAAAACUCUAAUUACAUUCUGCAUUAAGAUGAAUUGCUUCUUGAGUGAUACCAGACUUCUAGAAGAAACUGGUGUAGAAUCAGAAACUGUCUCUGGACUUUGGAGGUUUUUCUCCUGUGAGGUAAAUUUAAGUUUCCCAGUUCGUUUUCAAGGGUUGGCAGAGAAGUUCCAGGGACUUCCUAUCACUAAAGGUAGUAAUGCUAUUGUUUCUAUUUGUAUUUUUUAAAUUAAUAAAAUAGUUUA